AUGAAUGAUCCUAGCCAAAUGCUGAAGGUUAGGAUUAAAGCCUUAAAAGACGAAACUUCUAACCUUAUGGAAGAAAUUGUAGGAUAUGUCAGUGACGGAAAUACGAACGAGUGUUUAAGAAGUUUGGGAAUUUUAGAGAAUACGCUAAAGAAAACUUAUGAGUUAGUGGACAGUCUCUAUGAUCGUAUAGAUGAGUUAGAGCGGAAAGUUAAUGAGUUAAACCAGGAAGUGAACAGGUUAAAAGAUCAAAUAAAAUAUACGAAAUUUUUUAGUGACUAUCACGACUGGGCAAAAACAUUUAUGCAAUUGUUAAUAGAAAAGCUGGGAGGAAUAGAUCAUUGGAAUAAGGUAGAAACUGGUCUUAAUUAUAUCGAUCGUAACGAGCCAAUAAAAGCGAAGGAAUCUGAAUGUCUCAACCAAUUAAAGAACUUAUUAAAUAAAGAUGAGAAUAAGGAUAUCGGAUUGGAUUUCACUGAUAUAAAGUUCAUAUUAGAAGUGAGAGAUACUAGUAAUGUUAUGUUUCAUAAGAACAAGCAAACUUCGAGGGAUGCAGAAAUGAAACUUAAUGUUGAAACACUUCCUGAUGACUUAAAGGUAUAUAAACCACCAUUGAAAAAAGCCUUUAAGGCAAUUAAUAGAUGGCGCUCAUAA